AUGGCGGACCCCGCCGAAUGCAGCAUCAAGGUGAUGUGCCGGUUCCGGCCCCUCAACGAAGCGGAGAUCCUCCGCGGGGACAAAUUCAUCCCCAAAUUCAAAGGCGACGAGACCGUGGUCAUCGGGCAAGGGAAGCCAUAUGUCUUCGACCGAGUCUUGCCUCCCAGCACGACCCAAGAACAGGUUUACAGUGCGUGUGCAAAGCAAAUUGUCAAAGAUGUCCUUGAAGGUUACAAUGGGACAAUUUUCGCUUAUGGACAGACUUCGUCAGGAAAAACGCAUACCAUGGAGGGAAAGCUGCAUGACCCUCAACUCAUGGGGAUCAUCCCACGGAUCGCACAUGACAUCUUUGACCAUAUAUAUUCCAUGGACGAAAACCUGGAGUUUCACAUCAAGGUUUCCUAUUUUGAGAUCUACUUGGACAAAAUCAGGGACUUACUCGAUGUAUCCAAGACAAACUUGGCUGUUCAUGAAGAUAAAAACAGAGUCCCAUAUGUGAAGGGGUGCACUGAGCGGUUUGUAUCCAGCCCCGAGGAAGUCAUGGAUGUGAUAGAUGAAGGCAAAGCAAACCGGCACGUGGCUGUAACAAACAUGAAUGAACACAGCUCUAGAAGUCACAGUAUCUUCCUGAUUAAUAUUAAACAAGAGAAUGUAGAGACCGAGAAAAAACUCAGUGGGAAGCUUUAUCUGGUUGAUUUGGCCGGGAGCGAAAAGGUCAGCAAAACUGGUGCCGAGGGAGCUGUUCUCGACGAAGCUAAAAAUAUCAAUAAGUCUUUGUCUGCUCUUGGAAACGUGAUCUCUGCCUUGGCAGAAGGGACAAAAACACACGUGCCCUACCGGGACAGCAAGAUGACGCGGAUUCUUCAGGACUCCCUGGGUGGGAACUGUAGAACUACUAUUGUGAUUUGCUGUUCUCCUUCUGUCUUCAAUGAAGCCGAGACCAAAUCUACGUUGAUGUUUGGACAAAGGGCUAAGACCAUCAAGAACACAGUCUCUGUGAACCUGGAGCUGACCGCUGAAGAAUGGAAGAAGAAAUACGAGAAGGAGAAAGAGAAAAACAAGACUUUGAAGAAUGUUAUCCAGCAUCUGGAGGUGGAGCUGAACAGGUGGAGAAACGGAGAAGCUGUGCCUGAGGAUGAGCAGAUCAGUGCUAAGGACCAGAAGACCCUGGAGCCCUGCGAUAACACCCCCAUCAUCGACAAUAUUGUUUCCGGGGUCGAUGCUGUUGUCGCCAGCAUCUCUGCUGAAGAGAAGGAGAAGUAUGACGAGGAGCUCUCCAGUCUCUACAGACAACUGGAUGAUAAGGAUGAUGAAAUUAACCAGCAGAGCCAGCUGGCUGAAAAGCUAAAGCAGCAGAUGUUGGAUCAGGAUGAGCUUUUAGCUUCCACAAGAAGAGACUAUGAGAAGAUCCAAGAGGAGCUGACACGGCUCCAGAUUGAAAACGAGGCAGCCAAAGACGAGGUGAAAGAAGUCCUGCAGGCCCUGGAGGAGCUGGCUGUCAACUACGACCAGAAGUCCCAGGAGGUGGAGGACAAGAUGAGGGCCAAUGAGCAGCUGACCGAUGAGCUGGCCCAGAAAACGACCACACUGACAACCACACAGCGAGAGCUGAGCCAGCUGCAAGAGUUUAGCAACCACCAGAAGAAGAGAGCCACGGAGAUCCUGAACUUGCUGCUGAAGGACUUGGGAGAGAUAGGCGGCAUCAUCGGCACCAACGACGUGAAGACCCUGGCAGACGUGAAUGGCGUCAUUGAGGAGGAGUUCACCAUGGCCCGUCUGUACAUCAGCAAGAUGAAGUCAGAGGUCAAGUCCCUGGUGAACCGCAGCAAGCAGCUCGAGAGUGCCCAGAUGGACUCCAACAGGAAGAUGAAUGCCAGUGAGCGGGAGCUGGCUGCCUGCCAGCUGCUCAUCUCCCAGCACGAGGCCAAGAUCAAAUCCCUGACGGACUACAUGCAGAACAUGGAACAGAAGAGGAGGCAGCUGGAAGAGUCCCAAGACUCACUCAAUGAGGAGCUGGCCAAGCUCCGAGCCCAAGAAAAAAUGCACGAAGUCAGCUUCCAGGACAAGGAGAAGGAACAUCUGACGCGGCUGCAGGAUGCUGAGGAGAUGAAGAAGGCGCUGGAGCAGCAGAUGGAGAGCCACCGGGAGGCUCACCAGAAGCAGCUGUCCAGACUUCGCGAUGAAAUUGAGGAGAAGCAGAAAAUCAUUGAUGAGAUUCGGGAUUUGAAUCAGAAACUGCAACUGGAACAAGAGAAGCUCAGUUCUGACUAUAACAAGCUGAAGAUCGAGGACCGGGAGAGGGAGAUGAAGCUGGAGAAGCUCCUGUUGCUCAACGACAAAAGGGAACAAGCCAGGGAGGACCUCAAAGGGCUGGAGGAGACGGUGUCUCGGGAGCUGCAGACGCUGCAUAAUCUCCGCAAGCUCUUCGUCCAGGACCUGACUGCCCGGGUUAAAAAGAGCGUGGAGCUGGACAGCGACGACGGCGGGGGCAGCGCUGCCCAGAAGCAGAAAAUCUCCUUCCUGGAGAACAACCUGGAGCAGCUCACGAAGGUCCACAAACAGCUGGUCCGGGACAACGCGGACCUGCGCUGUGAGCUGCCCAAGCUGGAGAAGCGGCUGCGGGCCACGGCCGAGCGCGUCAAGGCCCUGGAGAGCGCGCUGAAGGAGGCCAAGGAGAACGCCAUGCGGGACCGCAAGCGCUACCAGCAGGAGGUGGACCGCAUCAAGGAGGCCGUGCGCGCCAAGAACAUGGCCCGGAGGGCCCACUCGGCCCAGAUUGCCAAGCCCAUCCGCCCCGGACACUACCCAGCAUCAUCUCCAACAGCCGUUCACGCCAUCCGAGGGGGAGGAGGCGGCUCCUCGAACUCCACUCAUUACCAGAAAUAG